AUGUCACUGGUGGUUCCUAAAACAGUAGAGUUGGAAGAUAAAGUGGAGAGAGACCAAAAGCAAAUGAUAAAGGAAGCUUUUGAGGGGGAUAAUGUCAUCGAAGAGUUUUUAAAAGAGAAGAGUGAAGUUAUCCAGGCCACUAAGCCAAAGGACAUAGAUCUGACUUUACCUGGCUGGGGAGAGUGGGGUGGGAUGGACCUGAAGCCCAGUGCCAAGAAAAGACGCAGGUUUCUUAUUAAAGCCCCUGAAGGUCCUCCAAGGAAAGAUAAGAAUUUGCCCAAUGUGAUUAUCAGUGAGAAGCGCAACAUCCAUGCUGCAGCUCACCAGGUGAGGUUUAGAGAGCUCGCUACUGUUGUGAUCUCCACGGUUUCUCUUGCUUUAAGGAGCUAUUUUAGUACCUAUGGUGAAAGGGAUAUGUGAUGUUUUCCCUUUUCUUUUUUGGAUUUGUUACGUUUGUGUGCUUGAGACAGUGUACCUCCAGGCUCACCCUGAAUCCCAAAUCCUCUGUGCUGGGCAUGGCCCACACCUCUAAUCCCUGAUCUCAGUACGCCUUAAGGUCUAUGUUCCACCAUACCUGGCUGGGGUGUGUGCUGAUGGCCACAGGAUCAAAUUUGUCCUUUUCCCCGAUUGACUGUUGAGUAGUAAGGCUCUGCUACUCUAACUUCUGACCAGGUUUAGUCUGAAAAGAGAAUCUUUGCAAGCAGUAACAAUGCCCCCAAGUCAGUUUCAACUGCUAACCCGGAUCAUUAUGUUCUAAAUGAGUUUUGACAAUGUAAAAAUUAGCCAUUCUGCUUGCAGUCAAGGUCAUCCUCGGGGACUAGAAGGUUUGAGCCACAUGUCAGGAAAAGUGAUGAGGAACCAGUAUCUGUCCACAAAAAUGAAGGGAUUUUAAGUUGGAUCAUAUGGCAAUAAGUAAGGGAUGAGCUGGGAGUGGUGGCACCCACCUUUAAUCCUACCAGAGGCAGGUAGAUCUUUGACCUACAGAGUGAGUUCUAGUACAGCCAGAGCUACAUAGUAAGGCCCUGUCUCAAAAAAACAAAUAAUAAUAGUAAACAAGGAAUGUUUGCACUGUAGAGCAUGAUUGGGGUCCCCUAGAAUAUCACAGGCAAUGGGGAACACUGUUGGGUACAGUCACAUAAAGUAGAAAGGUUAGAAAACAAACAGAAGAUCCAGAGAGAAAGUGGGCUUCUCUAGGGGCAAGCAUGUGACCCACAUGACAUUGAACUCUGUAACCUGUAUGUUCCCUUCAGACCUGACAUUUGCCCCUCAUGAGUACAAUAUUGAAAUGAGCUAUACUUGCCCUUCUGAAAGUGGAAUGAACUAUUUAAU